CCCGACCUCGCAGCACGGUGUUUUUGGGACACUGGAUCCUUUACAGAUUCUGCGCAACAUUGCAGCUCCGAGUCCAGGCCCCACCGCAUCACCUGCGGCCGGGGGCGGGGUGUGGGAUUCGCUAGGUAUGGGCGCCGGUGCACGAGUGAGGGGCACUUACAGGCAGCAGGCGGUGACCUCGUAUUCCAGCGACCCGCUGGAGCACGCAUGGCACCUGCAGAUCAUGCGAUUCAUUGUCGAGAGCGGCAUGCCGUUCAACUGUGUGAAGCUUGAGAGCUUCAAACGCAUGUUGACGUUGAUCAUCCCGCCUGGGGUUCCAGGAGUCCCCACCCCAAAACCCCCAACGUAUCACAUGAUCCGUACCACACUUUUGGAUGAGCUUGAUGUGGAAGUCCAAAAGUGUGUGAAACCUGUCCUCGCUACUGCAGCUACCUACGGUUGCACGAUAAUGACAGACGGUUGGAUGAACAUUCGGGGCCAAACGUUGUGCAACUAUCUCGUCGGCACUACACGGGGCGCCACAUACGUCGCGACAGAUGUUAUGCGAGGAAAGAAGGAUGCCACUGCUCUGGCGCAGGCUUGGCUGCGAAGGUUGAAGUUCCUUGACAUCAAGCUUGCCGACAUCACCGCUUUCGUCACAGACUCUGCCAGUUCGAACGUUUCUGCGAUGGAGGUGUUCCAGAAGGAUGAGAGUGUCAAGCACAUCUUCUGGAUUCCUUGUGUGGCACACGUCAUGGACCUCAUCCUUGAGGACAUCGGCAGCAUUGACUAGGUGGCGACCCGCAUUGCUCAGGCGCGUUUGGUCACAAAGUUUUUCAAGCGUCAUAGCCACGCUCGCGAAGUUUUGCAAGCUUUCACG